AUGGAGGCUACUGGAAAACCAGGAGGAGGAGGAGAAGUGAAGCAUAUUCUGCUGGCUAAGUUCAAAGAUGGGCUUUCCGAGCAACAAAUUGAGGAACUCAUCAAGGGCUAUGCCAAGCUUGUCAAUCUCAUUGAACCCAUGAAAGCCUUCAAAUGGGGCAAGGAUGUGAGCUCUGAGUGUCUGAACCAAGGAUUCACUCACGUCUUCGAAUCCACCUUUGAGAGUACCCAAGGCGUUGCUGAGUACGUUGCUCACCCAGCUCAUGUGGAAUAUGCCAAUCAGUUACUUCCUCAGCUGGAGAAGGUCCUUGUGGUUGAUUACAAACCUACAGCAGUCGACCUCUAAGUAUGUUUACCAUUGUAUGGUCUUUAGGCCUUUGGAUUUUCGUCUUUUCUCUCUAAACAAAAACAGUUGUGGCAUUUGGGAAAGAAAUUUAGUACCAUUUGGUGAACCUGAUGAACUUGAAAGUAGUAUGGAGUACAUUUUCUGAUGUCAAACUAUGUCUGCCAUCUUGUUCCUUUUGGUAAAAAUGGUGGUAUCAAUUUGCUUCUGCAAUUGGCCUCAAUGAGAUUGAAUUGGUACUAUGCAAACUUUAGUUUUGGCUCUACUUACCACAGUGCAAUUAGUUUUGGCUGCACUUACCACAGUGCAAAACUGAGCCAAACACAAUGUCCUAUCCACCACUUGCAGUUGCAAACUUCCUAAAACAAAUCAAUACGACAUGAAUAUUGUGGAUUGAUGGGACAUUUGUUAUUUUUGUUGUUUUGCCAAG